AUGACGCCCAGAGACUUCCCCGAGGAGGCGGCGCCCCUGCGCGACGGACUUGUGGUGCGGGCAAGCCAGCAGAUAUGGAAAGAAUUGGUGAAGGAAGCCAGCAGAUCCGACUUGUCGUGCAAGGAAGAAGACGGGAAGUUCCAGACGCAUGGCGGCGUCAAGGACGAAGACAUGAUAAAGUGGGCGAAGACAGGCCACAACAUCAUCGAUAGUUGCGGGAAGGUAAUCGAGAAAGAGAUCUAUAUCAUAGCGGACAUGUUCUGGCUCUCAUCGUCGAAGAGGAAGACGCAGUGGGACGUGCACAAGCAGGAACGGGAUGCGAAGGAGCAGCGGCUCCAGGCCAUCGACGAGAGGCGCAAGAAGCGGAGCGCCGCUUGCAGCAGCCUGCAGACCCCAGCUCAGGCGGCCAACUGGAUCAGCCGAGCCAGCCCGUCAUUGCGGCUGGCGGGGGCUGCUGUGCAGGCGCGGCGCCACCGCCGCAGCAGCCCUGGCAGGGGCCGCCGUCGCCGCAGGCGGGGCCGCAGCAGGCGCAGCCGCAGCAGGAGGCCGACGACAGCGGCGGCUGGUUCGGGAGCUGGUGGCCGCGGGCAGAGGGCCAGCCGCAGGUCCCGGCCCCGGCCGCGAGCUCCCAGGCCCUCGGGCCGCCGAGCCCCGACCGCCACUCGCAGGCCCACCACUGGAUCAUAUGGGGCGGCCGGCGGGCCGCCGCCGCCCCCGCCACCGCCGCGCGGGCACUCGCUUGGGCAGAUCUCCGAGCAGUCGCCCGUGCUGUCGCAGGCCCGGUCCAUGCAGUCCGCGCACUCCAUGCAGAGCCAGCAGUCCGCGUACUCCGUGCAUUCCGCUGCCUACCUCACGCCGCAGAGCCAGCAGAGCCUGGCGUCUGCGGGCGCCGAGCAGCUGCAGCGCUCCCGACCAGGCUCCUUGUCGUCGAUGGCGUACGUGCCCUCCUCGCCGUCCUAG